CACACACACACAGACAGACAGACAGAGAGAGCGAGAGAAAGAUAUAUACUUUUUAUGGCGCCCUCUCACCUCAUAACCCUUGCAAAUAAGAACAGCGCAACAGUCAACUGUCAUUAGUGCGCUUAUCCCAUCCUGCCAGUGGAAGUGUUCGCUGUUCGUGUUCAGGUGAGCGCGUACAGUUAGUUUUACAGUCCCUAUUCCGCUACUUUCAUGAGCCACGGAGAGGAGAAGGAGGACCUGGGACACAGUUGACCCAUCGUGGUAUACCUUCCCGCAAUCCGGGGAAGAGCACGGACGGAGGGGAGGCUGGACAGGGAGAGGACGAGGCAUCAGAGGACGAUAACACGGAGAGCGGACACAGUCGACGCCAACGCGACAUGGAGAUGACAACCCGCAAUUUGCACCUCAACUCCAAAGUUGACAAUUGCGAUGGAGUGAUCAACAGAAACGGCGGUGACAUGACUGAGAUAUCUGUACCGCUGUCCCACUCUGGGAAGCGUAUGCCUCAAAUCGAGGGGGGCAAUCUUUAUAGAUUGCGAGAUAGAAAGCUUUUAUUGGAGGACAAAAAACGUCUGUGCGCUUGGGCUCUGGGCACCGCGCUGCUUGGGACACUGCUCAUGAUACUGCACGCGGAGCUGUGCCCGUUUAUUUACCAACCAGGCUCCCGCUAUGCCUUUAUCAUCAACUGCUCCAUCAGCAUGUCCACUGGGUGUCUUCUGAUUCUCAUCGUAGCCUUCCAUUAUAAGGACAUCAGGCUCUUCAUCAUUGACCACAACCAGGUGGACUGGCGCAUCGCCAUGACAAGCCGCAGGGUGCUGGGCAUCUCCCUGGAGCUGCUGGUCUGUGCCAUCCAUCCCGUGGGCACCUACUGGGAGGUGGGUGUCCCUGCGCCCAUCGCCAGGGAGGGGGUAGAGGUCAACUCCUCCAACUCGGCGCCGCUGUGUGUGUCCUCCCGCCACGGGGAGGCACUGUUGGACACAGAGCUGCUACUGUCGGCGUUGAUGUUCCUUAGGCUGUACCUGGUCCACAGGACGAUCCUACUGCACAGCAAGGUGCUGCUCAGUGCCUCCUAUAGGAGUAUCGGUUCGCUCAACAACAUCAACUUCACGUUCCGCUUCGUGCUCAAGGUGCUGAUGAACAAGUACCCGGCGCGCACGCUGAUGGUGUUCAUCUUCUUGUUCUGGCUCAUCGCUUCCUGGAUGCUCACACUGUGUGAGAGGCAGAUACAGGAGGAGACUGGUCGUAUGGACACGGCUCUCUGGCUCAUUGCCAUCACCUUCCUCACUGUGGGAUACGGGGACGUGUCCCCCAAAACCAGCUGUGGAAAAGUGGUGUGCCUCUUCACCGGAGUCAUGGGUGUGGCCUGUACCGCCAUGCUGGUGGCCGUCAUGACCAAGAAGCUGGCGCUGAACAAAGGAGAGAAACACGUGCACUUCUUCAUGAUGGACAUCCAGAUCUCCAAACGAAUCCGCCAUGCUGCUGCCAAUGUGCUGAGGGAGUGUUGGCUGCUGCACCGCACCAACCUGACCAGGGGAAACAGUGGAGAGCACCGCAGACACCAGAGGUGCCUACUGGAGGCCAUCAGAGUAUUCCGGCACCUGCGACUUAAACAAAGGAAGCUGAGAGAUUACGCCAGUGAGAUGGUCGACCUGCCCAAGAUGCAGAUGAUCAUGUGCGACUUGAGUGCCAACUGGAAUAACUCGUACCGGGAGCUGGAGCAGCGAAUCAUCUCCAUGGAGCAGAAGUUAGACGAGCUGGGCCACUGCUUCCAACAGACCUCUGAGCUGCUGGCACAGGCCCUGCGCUACCGCAACCCUGAAAUCAGGUACAGCUAACACAACCCCAACCCUGAAAUCAGGUAUAGCUAACACAACCCCAACCCUGAAAUCAGGUAUAGCUAACACAACCCCAACCCUGAAAUCAGGUACAGCUAAUACAACCCGGACCCUGAGAUCAGGUAGAGCUAACACAACCCCAACCCUGAAAUCAGGUACAGCUAACACAACCCCAACCCUGAAAUCAGGUACAGCUAACACAACCCCAACCCUGAGAUCAGGUACAGCUAACACAACCCCAACCCUGAAAUCAGGUACAGCUAACACAACCCCAACCCUGAGAUCAGGUAGAGCUAACACAACCCCAACCCUGAGAUCAGGUAGAGCUAACACAACCCCAACCCUGAGAUCAGGUAGAGCUAAUACAACCACAUCACAUACUGUAUAUCAGGUACAGUUAACCCAAACACAAUCCAACCAAGUGCUAACAGUCGGUAUCUGGACAAUAUGUGUGAAAUGCUUGAUAAUGUAUGUGAUAUCAACAGAGAGGUAUAUUUUCUAGGUGACCUAAAUAUUGACAGGCUUUCACCAAGCUGUCCACUCAAGAAAAAGCCUCAAACUAUAACAAGUGUCUGCAACCUGGUUCCGGUUAUCAAUCAACCUAACACUGUAUUUACAAACAGCACAGGAAUGAAAUCAUCCACAUGUAUUGAUCACAUCUUUACUAAUACUGCAGAAAUCUACACAUCCAUCAGAUAUAGUGAUCAUAAUAUAGAAGCUACAUGUAGGAAAACCAAAAUUCCAAAGGCUGGGCCUAAUAUAGUGCAUAAGAGAUCAUACUGAGGUUUUGUAGUGAUUUCUGUGUUGAUGAUGUAAAUAAUAUUUGCUGGUUUGUGGUGUGCAAUAAGGAGCAACCUGAUGUUGCACUUGAUGAAUUUAUGAAAUUGCUUAUUCCACUUAGUGGCUUGCGAAAGUAUUCACCCCCUUGGCAUUUUUCCUAGGUCUGUGCUUUGACUAGGUGAUUCCAAGAUAUUUAAAUGUUUUCCCUUAAACCACUCAAGUGUUGCUUUAGCAAUAUGCUUAGGGUCAUUGUCCUGCUGGAAGGUGAACCUCCGUCCCAGUCUCAAAUCUCUGGAAGACUAAAACAGGUUUCCCUCAAGAACAGGUUUCCCUGUAUUUAGCGCCAUCCAUCAUUCCUUCAAUUCUGACCAGUUUUCCACUCCCUGCCGAUGAAAAACAUCCCCACUGCAUGAUGCUGCCACCACCAUGCUUCCCUGUGGGGAUGGUGUUCUCGGGGUGAUGAGAAGUGUUGGGUUUGCGCCAGACAUAGUGUUUUCCUUGAUGUCCAAAAAGCUCAAUUUUAGUCUCAUCUGACAAGAGUACAUUCUUCCAUAUGUUUGGGGAGUCUCCCACAUGCCUUUUGGCGAACACCAAUUUUUUUCUUUAAGCAAUGGCUUUUUCUGGCCACUCUUCCGUAAAACCCAGCUCUGUGGAGUGUGCGGCUUAAGGUGGUCCCAUGGACAGAUACUCCAAUCUCCAAUGUGGAGCUUUGCAGCUCCUUCAGGGUUAUCUUUGGUAUCUUUGUUGCCUCUAUGAUUAAUGCUCUCCUUGCCUGGUCUGGGAGUUUUGGCGGGCGGCCCUCUCUUGGCAGGUUUGUUGUGGUGCCAUAUUCUUUCAAUUUUUUAAUAAUGGAUUUAAAUGGUGCUCCGUGGGAUGUUCAAAGUUUCGGAUAUUUUUUUAUAACCAAACCCUGAUCUGUACUUCUCCACAACUUUGUCCCUGACCUAUUUGGAGAGCUCCUUGGUCUUCAUGGUGCAGCUUGCUUAGUGGUGUUGCAGACUCUGGGGCCGUUCAGAACAGGUGUAGAUAUACUGAGAUCAUGUGACAGAUCAUGUGACACUUAAAUAAAGUCCACCUGUGUGCAAUCUAACUAAUUAUGUGACUUCUGAAGGUAAUUGGUUGCACCAGAUCAUAUUUAUGGGCUUCAUAGCAAAGGGGAUGAAUACAUACAGUGGGGAGAACAAGUAUUUGAUACACUGCCGAUUUUGCAGGUUUUCCUACUUACAAAGCAUGUAGAGGUCUGUAAUUUUUAUCAUAGGUACACUUCAGCUGUGAGAGACGGAAUCUAAAACAAAAAUCCAGAAAAUCACAUUGUAUGAUUUUUAAGUAAUUAAUUUGCAUUUUAUUGCAUGACCUAAGUAUUUGAUCACCUACCAAACAGUAAGAAUUCCAGCUCUCACAGACCUGUUAGUUUUUCUUUAAGAAGCCCUCCUGUUCUCCACUCGUUACCUGUAUAAAAGACACCUGUCCACACACUCAAUCAAACAGACUCCAACCUCUCCACAAUGGCCAAGACCAGAGAGCUGUGUAAGGACAUCAGGGAUAAAAUUGUAGACCUGCACAAGGCUGGGAUGGGCUACAGGACAAUAGACAAGCAGCUUGGUGAGAAGGCAACAUCUGUUAGCGCAAUUAUUAGAAAAUGGAAGAAGUUCAAGAAGACGGUCAAUCACCCUCGGUUUGGGGCUCCAUGCAAGAUCUCACCUCGUGGGGCAUCAAUGAUCAUGAGGAAGGUGAGGGAUCAGCCCAGAACUACACGGCAGGACCUGGUCAAUGACCUGAAGAGAGCUGGGACCACAGUCUCAAAGAAAACCAUUAGUAACACACUACGCCGUCAUGGAUUAAAAUCCUGCAGCGCACGCAAGGUCCCCCUGCUCAAGCCAGCGCAUGUCCAGGCCCGUCUGAAGUUUGCCAAUGACCAUCUGGAAAUCCAGAGGAGGAAUGGGAGAAGGUCAUGUGGUCUGAUGAGACAAAAAUAGAGCUUUUUGGUCUAAACUCCACUCGCCGUGUUUGGAGGAAGAAGAAGGAUGAGUACAACCCCAAGAACACCAUCCCAACCGUGAAGCAUGGAGGUGGAAACAUCAUUCUUUGGGGAUGCUUUUCUGCAAAGGGGACAGGAUGACUGCACCGUAUUGAGGGGAGGAUGGAUGGGGCCAUGUAUCGCGAGAUCUUGGCAAACAACCUCCUUCCCUCAGUAAGAGCAUUGAAGAUGGGUCGCGGCUGGGUCUUCCAGCAUGACAACGACCCGAAACACACAGCCAGGGCAACUAAGGAGUGGCUCCGUAAGAAGCAUCUCAAGGUCCUGGAGUGGCCUAGCCAGUCUCCAGACCUGAACCCAAUAAAAAAUCUUUGGAGGGAGCUGAAAGUCCGUAUUGCCCAGCGACAGCCCCGAAACCUGAAGGAUCUGGAGAAGGUCUGUAUGGAGAAGUGUGCCAAAAUCCCUGCUGCAGUGUGUGCAAACCUGGUCAAGAACUACAGGAAACGUAUGAUCUCUGUAAUUGCAAACAAAGGUUUCUGUACCAAAUAUUAAGUUCUGCUUUUCUGAUGUAUCAAAUACUUAUGUCAUGCAAUAAAAUGCAAAUGAAUUACUUAAAAAUCAU